CAUUGCGACAACUUACAACUCAUAGGAGAAACUUAAGCGCUCGGCGAUGCUCUUGUCCCCCCAAUUUCGCGAUGGAGGUUGAUAAUGACUCCGGGUCACGCAGACUCGCUCUUAUUAAAGCUGUCCGGUCCCUCGACGAAGAUGCAACGAUUUCGCUUCCCGACAAAAUCCAAAAACUUUGGAACUUGCUUUCGGCAACCAAAAGUUCAAGAUUUCAUGGUGUCGAAGAGAACAUAUUACGAUGGCUAUUCAAACAUAUGAGCAGCAACACCGAAGAUGCUGAACAAGUGCGACGGUACCCUCUCACCUGGUCGAUCUUAAGCCACGUUUUCCCCAAGAUCCUCCCACAGACUCUUGGAAGAUCGCUCGCGUCUCUUCGCUUCGUCUCUGUAUUACACCAAACCCUAGGAGAUAUUACCACCGCUCGAAAAAGGCCUGCGUUGUCAAACCAGACAAAUGGAGCCCCUACAGACGACGAUGAUGCAGGGAAGACGAAAAAAAGAAAGAGAAGGACUGAAUUUCCCUCCGAUCUCGAAGAGCUUCGUACACCAGAAGGAUGCAUUAAGUCAGCCACCGAAUUAUUCCGCACUUUGAAUAGUCUUCUCCAUCAAGGGGAUCAUCGUACUGGACCCAAUGCGCCGGAACGAAGAGUCGGAUGUGAGCAUAUUAAGUCACUUUUCUCUUCGUCAAAUGAAGAUACUAGGGAUAUCGCCGCGAAAUUAAUUCUAACCUGCGAUCGUUCUCUGAGCGUUCUUGACGGUGGUAUUUCCCAGGAUCAAGAAUCGUGGAUCGGAGUCGUUACCAAUCUCUGGAACCUUCGCCUCCACAAUAAAGAUGAUAGUCUCGAGUUCGCCAGACACAUGUACCUACCGGUAUGUUCUAUUCUGACGAGAUUACGAGGCAUUGCAGGAGUCGCACCAGUAGUCGUGGCUAGCAACGCUAUCAAAGAUCUCUGGAUUCGACAACUUGAACAAUUCUUAAGCGCAUACUUCAUACGUCCAGCAAGACACGCAUUUACGAUCAACGAAAAUAUCGAGGUCCUGGAGGCUGCACUGGAACUUACGAAGAGGAAUUUAGGUGGUUCUGCUAUCAUUACGUGGGAUGUGGCGGCGAGAACCCCUCGGGAUUCGAGCAAUCCAAAAUCCAAAGCCGAGCACCUGUCGUGGGUUCAAAAUGUCUUCGGGAUUUUACUCAACGCCAUCCAGCCCCUAGAACCUUUAAUCCGAAACCAAGUUAUCAUACAGCUACUAGACACCGCUGCCCAGACCAAUUCGGUUCCAAGCACAGCAGCCCUCCGUGUAGUCUGCCGGGAAUACGCGCUUAGGUCUGAGGAAACUGAUUGGAACCUAAUCGCUAAAGCUGUUGCAUCUGAUGCUGAUGUCUUCCUCAUGGAUGAUGCUCUAAUUAAUGACGUAUUUGGCAGAGUAAGUUUCAAUGCAGGCCAAGACGCUGAUACGAGUGAGAUAAUCGUCUCGGAGAUCAUUCUUCCUCUGGAAGAUGCUUUCUCAAAAGCGCGAAAUUUCUCAGGCUUCAUCCAGAAAUGGCACAAUUGCCUUUCUAAAGUUGCAACAGACUCUUUAGACCAGUCGAUAUGGGCGGACGCCAGAAUCCGGCAACGGCUUUCUAGUAUCUUGCAAACUGCGCUGACUACCACACAAUUGCUGCGCAUUUUAGAAUCUCUGGAUUCGACUGAUAGUCCCAGCGGAGCGCUCCUAGUUGUUCUUGACGGGAUUUCCGCUGGAAUCAACGAGGAAGUCUUUCUCAGAAUUGCUGAUUCCAAAAUUUUUGAGUUAGCCUUUAAAGAUAAGUCUUUUGAAAAUAUUCCGCCCUCAAUCUUGUCGCUAAGAUGGCGUAUUGCCGGUCGUAUGGCUUCAUGGGAAACAUCUGACGAAGUUGACCGACUAUGGGCGGAGCUCAAGUCGAUCCUUAAACGUACCCUCAAGAAAGGCGCCUUGUCUAAUCCCGAGACAUUUGAAGCGUUUAGUUGUUGCCAUAAAUUGUGGCUAGCUAACUACCCUGAGGGCAAACGCGAAGCGGAGUUGGCGAAAAUAGCGAUUUCACUUCUUGAAAGGCUUACAUCUGAGAUGAAGGCAGAAAACGACAUUUCUGUAUUUCGGCCAUAUUUAGAUUAUACAUUCCGUUAUUUGCCCAAACUCGCAGAAUUGCAGAAGCAAGAAGCCACUAAACUCAGAGAGAUCAUUGGAAAUUUGUUCUGGCACGUUGGCCAACGACUCGCGGUUGAGGGCGAUGAAAAACUCGACAACCUCUUACAGACACUUUUGCACAACUCCGAUUGCGAGGAUGAAGAAACAUUAAUCGAUACCCUAAUAUUAUUGCCAUUUGACGCCCUCGAUAGUGCGGAAGCUCGAUCAGGGUGGACGCAACCACAGAGCCUCUCAUUGCUCUUGAUUAUUUUAGAAUUCCCACAAGAGGCCUUAACUAAAGGCCGUCGCAAGCGCAUCAUGUCAUCAUGGAAGAAAUGGAGAUCGGCGAUAACUACUCGUGCAUCACAGGACUCGCGCUUCGCUGUAGCAGUAUUGAGGCUGCUAGUUAAGGUGAUGCAACAGCCAACAUUUUAUGAGGGUAUGGAGUUUGAUGACCUCGUUCACAUAUGUUCGAACUUCGCGAACGAAGACAAAAAUAUCCUUGCUUUUAUUGAAAAACUCGUCAACCAAACACUAAGACAAAUGGUCAUUAGUAGCGAAGAACAUUCUUUGGCUUAUCUAACCGAAGCCUCCAAUUUCGUGAAGAACCUCAAACUUGAAGGGCCGAAAAUUACACUGGCUCAGAUGCUUCUAGUGAAAGGUGUAGCCGCCGCACUUCACAGCACAACUACAGGCAAACCACUUAACAUCGCUAUUAGUCUCGGCGAGACUACUCGAAAAUUGGAACGAAUGGUCCAAAGUGGCGUGUCUGAAUUUGCAUCUAAUAGCAAGAGGAUAAAAAAGAUUCAUAAGUAUGAAAUGGAACUACUUCUACUUUCCGUGGCGUUGGGUGCCGCCGAACUUAUUGCCGAAGUUCAUGGAGAAAACCCAAUUGGACUCACGGAAAAGACAAUUCGCCAGCUAGAGGGCAUUAGCUCAUCCUACAUCUCGGAGAAAGUCUCUGAGAAAGUCGACCUUGGUUGGAAGAUACGAGCAUUCCUUUUUAGAAACUGUCCGCAUCGAUAUGAUAUGGAAACCGCACCCAAGCAGUUGAAACAAGUCUCCAUAACAAUUGACGAAAGCCUAGUAUAUAACUUGGUAGACGCCUUCGUCAAGGAAACAGAUCAAGAUGUUCGAGAUACCCUACUCGCCAAUUUAGUUGGUUGUAAGUUGACUGCUGGUUCCAUUGGGCCUCUGUUGGGUGUUAGGAGGCUUGUUGAACUUAUGAAGAGUGAAAAAUAUGAAGGUAUUCUCGAUAUCGGGGCUAUAUAUCAAGGACUCGUCUCUCUACUAAGCGAGACUAGCUCGUACCGCCAUUUCAAAUAUUUAUCAGAGGUCUUGAUUAUCCUACUUGAUAAACAGGCUAGUUUGAUGUCUCAAUUUAAUAUUGAGACAACUUUGAGUAGCAUCGUUCAAGUAUGUUCUCAAUCAGGUCCUAGGAUCGAGGAACCUAAAGCGGCGGGUGAAAUUUACGACAAAUUGUACAAACUCACAGCCCUUGUGCUCAGACGACACCGACUUCGCCUGAGGGGGCAUUUCCCGAUCUUGCUUUCCGCCUUGCGGGCACUUCUCACCACGUUACUUACCGACCCUAACUCCGCUACAAAAAACGUAACAUCUCCCGAAGCACGCCACCCAUGGCUUAAAUCUCGAUUACAAUCAAGGCAUGCCGAGCGGUUUACUCGUCUUGUCACGUUGAUAUGUGAGCCGAGUGCUGGAGCUGUGGCACGUGCGCGCUCGAGUGAGCUAGAUUCUGCCACAGAUGCGGCUAAGCGAGCCGCAGGGCAAGAUAUGUUCACUAUAUUAGAACUAUAUAUAAAACUGCAACUCGAGGUGGUUGUCCCUAGGGAUAUCAGAAAGGCUCUAGAACCGGGCGUCUACUCAAUCCUCGGCAUCACGCCCCAAGGAUGCAGGAGGAUACUAAAUGAGUCGUUAGACGCCAACGGACGUGCCAUAUUCAGACAGAUGUUUGCAGAUUACAAGAAAUUCGGGAAGUGGAGUGGAGUAUAGUCGAGGUAGUUGAGGCUUCUCGAGAUGCCACGAAUGA